AUGGAAAAAUUUUCGAAUGUUACAGUAUUUAUCUUAUUUUUCACUCUUCUCUUUUUGUUCCAAACGCCUGCUUCUGCAGUCAAACAGUCUUACAUAGUCUACUUGGGAUCCCAUACACACGGCCCUGAUGUUUCCAAUGCUGAUCUUGAUCGGGUAGCUGAAACUCAUCAUCAAUUUCUUGCUUCAUUCUUGGGAAGUUAUGACAAGGCAAAAGAUGCAAUCUUCCGCUCAUACAACAAGCAUAUCAAUGGAUUUGCAGCCAGCCUUGAAGAAGAAGAAGCUGCCGAAAUUGCAAAGCAUCCGGAAGUGAUAUCAGUUUUCGUGAACCAUGCGAAUAAAUUACACACGACUCGGACAUGGCAAUUCAUGGGGGUGGAACAACAAAAUGGCGUCGUUCUCAAUUCUUCCAUUUGGAGUAGAGCUAGAUAUGGUGAAGAUACCAUCUUGGCCAACCUUGACACUGGUGUUUGGCCGGAACUAGAAAGCUUCAGUGAUGAAGGCUAUGGUCCUGUUCCAUCCAGAUGGAAAGGUUCAUGUAAGAGUGAAACUGCUGAACAUGGAGUUAAAUGCAACAGAAAACUGAUCGGAGCAAGAUACUUCAAUGAUGGAUACAUGAAAGCCGGAGGCGAAAUCACUCCCGGGAAUCGCACAGCACGCGACCACAAGGGCCACGGAACUCACACCUUGACAACCGCCGCCGGCAACUUCGUCGCCGGAGCUAAUAUCUUCGGUGUCGGCAACGGCACCGCGAAAGGUGGUUCAGCUAGAGCUCGUGUGGCAACCUACAAGGUUUGCUGGCCAGAAACUGAAAAAGUCGGCGAGUGCUACGACUCCGAUUCUCUGUCAGCUUUCGACGCUGCCAUUGACGACGGUGUAGAUGUGGUGUCGAUGUCCGUCGGCGGUGACCCUCUUGACUAUCUUGACGAUGGAAUUGCAGUUGGGUCUUUUCAUGCUGUUAAGCAUGGCAUCGUUGUUGUCUGCUCCGCCGGAAAUUCUGGUCCUCAACCUGCUACUGUCACUAAUAAUGCUCCAUGGAUUUUCACUGUAGCUGCUAGUACUUUUGAUCGUGAGUUUCAGUCUUUUGUCACGCUCGGCAAUGGUCAACAAUUCAAGGGAAGCAGCCUUAGCAAGCCAUUGCCAGAUGAUAAACUCUAUCAACUUAUCAGUGCUGCAGAAACUAAUUCUGCAAAUGCGACAUCUGUGGAAUCUAUUCUGUGCAAGGAAGGAACACUGAAUCCUGAGAAAGUGAAAGGAAAAAUUCUGGUUUGCCUGAGGGGAGAUAAUGCAAGAAUUGACAAGGGAAUACAAGCAAUGGAAGCUGGUGCAGCUGGUAUGAUUCUCUGCAAUUCCAAAGCCAACGGCAAUGAAGUUAUCGCCGACCCUCAUCUCCUCCCCGCUUCCCACCUCGACUACUCCGAUGGUCUUGCCGUCUUCUCCUACCUCAAUUCUACCAAGGAUCCAAGGGGAACUCUUGAGGGUCCAUUGACAAAGCUAAACAGUAAGCCAGCACCAGUAAUGGCAUCAUUUUCCUCUCAAGGUCCAAACCCACUCAACCCAGAAAUUCUCAAGCCUGAUAUAACUGCACCCGGAGUGAAUGUAAUAGCUGGGUGGACAGAAGGAGUUAGCCCUACAGGUUUGCCCUCCGACAACCGCAGAACUCCUUUCUUCAUCGUAUCCGGUACUUCCAUGUCUUGUCCUCAUGUCGCCGGAGUUGUCGGUCUACUCAGAACUCUCUACCCAGAUUGGAGUCCCGCCGCCAUUCGAUCUGCAAUUAUGACAACCGCAUUUUCAAGAGAUAACACUAUGCACCCAAUCGUCAAUGGAACAUCUGUUAAGGCAACACCCUUCAAUUAUGGGGCAGGACACAUGAGACCUAACAAAGCAAUGGAUCCUGGUUUGGUCUACGACUUAACAAUCAAUGACUACAUGGAUUUCUUAUGCGGCAAUGGCUACAACCAAACUUCCUUAAAACUUUUCUAUGGAGAUGAUUCUUACAAGUGUCCAGAAUCCUACAAUGUCCUCAACUUGAACUACCCUUCAAUCACAGUCCCUAAUCUGUCAGGCAAAGUCACUGUGACCCGAAAGCUCAAGAACGUGGGAUCACCAGGAGUCUACUCGGCUCAAGUCUAUGAGCCAUACGGUGUUUCAGUGAGUGUUGAGCCCAGUACGUUGAAGUUUUCAGAGGUUGGGGAAGAGAAGAGUUACAGUUUGACAAUGGAGGCUAAGUGGGUUGGCGCUGCUAAAGACUAUGUGUUUGGGAGAAUAGAAUGGACCGACAAGAAACACAUUGUGAGAAGUCCCAUUGUCGUUGCUGCAGGUGUCCAGAAAAACUGAGAAAUUCUACUCUGUUAAACUACUAGUAGGAGUAGACACGGAAGGGAAAAAACAGUAGUUUAGUUUAUAAUUUCUUCUUUUGCUUUUCUUUUUUUUUCUUUUUUUUUUUUUCU